GAAAGUGCCGUCAGUGCGACAGAUCAUUGGCCACUCAGCAACAAUAAAGACAAGGUGCUGGCUUAACCAGUUCCAAAGUGAAGUGAAUUAUUACGUUUCUAUAACAGUAGUACCUUGAUCAGGAAUUACAAAAUGAGGUCACUGUUAGUAAUAUGCGCACUCGCAUUCAUGUGUGGCGUGUUCGCCAAGAGCAAAAAGGAUGACAACAAGGUGAAGAUAGCAGUUUACUACGAGUCAUUAUGCCCAGAUAGUAAGGCCUUUAUCACAACUCAGUUGGCACCAAUUUGGAGGGAGAUGCGCGGAUCUGUCAAGGUUAAGCUGGUGCCCUAUGGAAAGAGUACUCACGACAAACCAAAUGGAAAAUGGCUGUUUAACUGUCACCAUGGAGAGGACGAAUGCUACGGAAAUAAACUGCAAGCAUGUAUUCUUAAAGACAAGAAACUGCAGGAUACAGACAAAAUGGAGAUGGUUAUUUGUCUGAUGGGCCAGACUAAUCCUGACAAAUCUUUAGAUACUUGUCUGCAACAAGUCAAACGUGAAGGAGAAUCAGACAAACUGAAGAAAUGUGCGGCGGGUGAACAAGGCGACAAUCUGCUGGCGGCUUAUGGAGAUAAGACAGAUGUCGUUCAGCGCCCUCUUUCGUUCGUGCCCACAGUUAUUAUCAACGAAAAAUUCGACCAAGCUAUACAAGAUGAAGCGAUAAAAGACCUCAAAUCCGUCGUUUGUCGGGUCGCCAUUAACAAACCCGCGUCAUGCUGAGACAAUUGUCAAA